UUAUCAUUUACAUUUGUGACUUCAAAAACGAUACGUAACCCAGUCACACUGAAAAGUUCCGCCGACCGACUGGGACUAUAAUAUUUGGUCGCUUUUAAUCUCGUGAUUUGAUUAAUUGUUGCAACAAUUGUGUUUGUGAAGUGAACUCAAAAUUUCCUCAAAUGACACAUCAAAUCGAUGAAAAUGGAAAUUUGGACAACUGGAAAACCCUCACUUGGUCCAAAAAAUUGUUGUAUGUUCGCAAUAAUAUCACAGUUGAACCAAUGCUAGCCUGCUACGUCGUUGGAUGUGUCUUAGCGAAUCUAGCGACUCAAAACUUAUGCCUGGAAAGAGCUUGUCGUGUGAAUCUCGCUUAUUCGACUCAAACAUGCGAUGCGCUGACUCGAAGAGAAGCAGCCAACUUCACAAACGAGGAGAAAAUGGUGCAACAGGUUGUUGCUGGUAUGACUGCUUGGAAGUCUAUAGUUCAGAGUGCGGUACCCUGCAUGAUGAUCCUUUUUUACGGAGCUUGGAGUGACAGGCAUGGACGAAGGUUGCCGUGCAUUUUGAUGCCAAUAUUUGGCGAAUUGAUAACUGUGUUAGGUCUGAUAUGUUGCACGUACUUUAAAAGCGCUAGUGUGGAAGUGGUCGGUAUAACAGAUGCGCUGUUUCCUGGACUUUCCGGCGGUUGGUUCACCAUGCUAAUGGGAGUGUUUAGCUACAUGGGUGAUGUAACUACAGAAGAAAGUCGAACCGUGAGAAUUGGCAUAGCAAACUUAUGUUUCACAUUAGGAAUCCCUAUUGGAACGGCAUUCAGCGGAAUCUUACUAAGGCUAGUUGGAUUUUAUGGCAUCUUCUCUCUGUCAGCCACUCUCUAUAUCAUCGCCAUUGUGUACGGGCUAACGUGUGUUCGAGAAGCACGUGCUCCAACGAAACCGAAAGAAUUCAGCGAAACAGAUGAAGUGACACGAAAAUCACUGGUUGCGGACUUCUUUGACACGAAGCAUGUGGUGGACACAUUUAAGGUAGCUCUUAAGUCUGGACCGAACAAAAGACGUCUGCGAGUAAUUUUGUUGAUGGUGUCACUGAUGGUUGUCAUUGGACCGGUGUAUGGUGAAAUGUCGGUGUUUUACCUGUACACACGGUACAAAUUUAACUGGAGCGAAAUUGAGUUUAGUCUCUUCUCGGCGUAUGGAACUGUCACUGGGUUGUUAGGAACGAUUUUCGCUGUGGGAGUAUUUUCACACAAAUUGAAGAUCGAUGACGCCUUCAUUGGCAUAAUGGCGAGCGUGUCCAAAAUAUUGUCCAGCUUCAUUUAUGCAUUCGCUGUGACCGAGUGGCAAUUGUAUUUAGGUCCGUUAGUCGAAAUAUUGAGCGGAACAUCCUUUACCGCAAUGAGAUCGAUUGCGACCAAAUUGGUGGAAAAAGAUGAACUGGGAAAAGUAAACUCGUUGAUUGGUGCAGCUGAAGCGCUGAUGCCACUGGUUUACAUGCCAAUGUAUGCAUUUAUGUAUAAGGCUACAAUACACACAUUUCCGGGUGCAUUCUUCUUUGCCGGUUCGGCGCUGCUAUCACCGACGGUGUUCAUUUUUCUAUGGUUGUAUAAGAUGAAGAAAAGAGAUUUAAAGACUAGGUUUGAUGAAGCUGAUCAAGUUGCGAGUAGCCGAAAAAUAUCUCAAAAUUUGGUUUAUGAAAUGGAGCAUCUGAAUCCAAAAAUAUUUUGUAAUGGAAAUAAUGAAAUUGGACCGGUCCAAAAAUAAGGAACGUGUUUUUAGAGUCGACUGCAAAAAUGUUUUAAUUUAUUUUAGUUUCUAACUUUUUAAAAUAAAUUUUUUAGAAAAUUCCAA